UCUCGUGUUCCGGUGCUGUCCCCUCCGUUAAACCCCGUGCGGUACGAGGCUGACCGCUGAAUUUUAACAGCAGGUGAAAAAAAGAAUGAGAGAAAAAUGAAAGAGCGAGGGAGGUAGAGAGACGUAGAGAAAGAGAGAGGGGGGAGAGAGAGCUGUCGGAGCAUCCUGCCAGCCGCUGCUGUGGAGGAGGCAUUUCAACAUGACAACCCUGCGUCAGAGGAAGGGCAGCAAGGGGAAGGAGCCCUCUCCUGCUGCAGAGCUUCAGUCCCAGCAGCACAACUGUUGCUCUGAACACCAUCCGGAGAAGAUCCUGCAUGGUGAUUGGUCAUGGGGAGCUAUAAUCUGGACUUCAGUUGGUUGGUCUGUCUCUGUUGGUCUUGGCCUGCUUUGCUGCAUCUACGUGGCGACGCUACAUGAGAACGACCUGUGGUUUUCCAACAUAAAGGAAGUGGAGAGGGAGAUCUCCUUUCGGACAGAGUGUGGACUAUACUACUCCUACUAUAAACAAAUGCUGCACGCCCCAUCAAUACAAGAAGGGCUCAAAGAAAUGAUCCAUGACAACUUGACAGAAUCCAAGAGGACCAUUAACCUCUUGCAGCGAAUGAAUAUCUACCAAGAGGUCUUUCUCAGUGUUCUCUACAGAUUGUUGCCCAUACAGUCAUAUUUGGAGCCCGUGUACUUUUACAUUUACACAGUGUUCUCGCUCCAAGCUGUGUAUGUGAUCGCUUUGUACCUCACAGCGUGGCUUCUGUCUGGCUCCUGGCUUGCUGGUGCGCUCACCGGGGUCUGGUACAUCCUUAACAGGGUAGAUACUACUCGUGUAGAGUUCACCAUCUCCCUCAGAGAGAACUGGUCUUUGCCCUUCUUCGCGCUGCAGGUCACGGCUAUCACCUGUUACCUCAGACCCCAGCUCACCACAUUACAGCAGAAAGUGAUGGUGUGGCUGAUGUAUGUGACGACGUUCUGUUUCUGUCUGACCUGGCAGUUCAACCAGUUCAUUCUACUGGUUCAGGCUCUCGUCAUUUACACCCUGGACUGCGGUGACUUCUUAACAACUACACAGGUGACUACGCUGUACCUCGUUCAAGUGAGCAGCCUGCUGAGCGUGUGGUUCCUCCAGUUCUGUAACUCCAUGAUACUGGGAUCACUGGUCCUGAGCUUCAUAGUAGCCGCGCUCUUCAUCAGACAUUGCCAGCCUGGUGUAAAGACUGGAAGCCUGGUGGUUCGUUUGGGCAAAGUUCUUCUCCACAGUGCCCUGGUUCUCCUCCUCACCGUCACCAUCAACUACCUGGCCAAGAAAGCCCUCCAGCUCCAAUCAGACGAGCACAUCUUUAAAUUCAUCAAGUCAAAGUUUGCUCUGGGUUCGACCAGGGAUUUUGAUGCCAGUCUGUAUCUGUGUGAGGAGGCCUUUGGCUUGCUUCCCCUGGACACGCUUGAGCGCCUGGCCGGCACCCUGCUGCUGUACCCCUACGUCCUCACGCUGCUUCUGCUCUGUGGCAUGUUGGUGGCGGCAGCACUGCAAAACCUGAGCAGGCCUAACAGAGGUUCCACCGAGGAAAAGAAAGGAGCCAGAGAGGGGCAAGUGGCGGCAUUUCGUCCAGACGUGGCCUACAAUGUGCUGCACACGCUGUUCUACGGCCUCCUGGCUUUCAGCACAAUGAGAAUGAAGUAUAUAUGGACUGGCCACAUGUGUGCGGUCGCAGCCUACGGUGUCUGUGGGACCGAGCUGUGGACCGUGCUUCUCAGCGCUCUCCGAUGCAACACGAAACUUCUGUUGAGGCUUGUCAGAUAUGUCGCUCCUGUUGUGAUGAUCGGUUUCCUGUAUUACAAGUUCUGGCCUAAGCUGAUGGAGGAGUUAUCAGAACUGAGGGAGUUUUAUGAUCCAGACACCGUGGAGCUCAUGACCUGGAUUAGCACAAAGACACCCAAACAGGCAGUGUUUGCUGGAAGCAUGCAGCUCCUGGCGGGUAUCAAGCUGUGCACAGGCAGAGUUCUCACCAACCACCCCCAUUAUGAAGAUAAAGACCUGCGGGAGCGGACCAGACAGGUGUAUCAAGUGUACGCUCGCCGCUCCCCAGAGGAAGUAUACGAUAUCCUGAAGGCUAUUGGAGCCGACUAUGUGGUGUUGGAAAACAGCAUCUGCUACGAGCGGAGGCACAGGCGGGGCUGCAGACUGCGGGACCUGCUCGACCUGGCCAACGGACAUAUCAUGGACGGACCGGGAGAGAAUGACCCCGACCUCGUCCCCGCCACCCACCCUCGUUUUUGCGAUGCCAUCAAGACGGACGCAGCUUACAACGCUCUCUUUACCAGAACAUUCCAGAAUAAAACCUUCCAUGUCUACCGGCUCAAGAAGAAACGCAAGAAAAAUACGAAGGGCUCAUCAGAGCCCAGCGUGACUCAGUAGCAGGACCAGGGCUGCAAGACAACCUCAGCAGAGGCCAGAGGGGAGAGAGGAGGAGAGGAUGAAAUAAAAGUGCUGAAUCCUUGCUGUUCCUCUGUCUCCUCUUUGCACUGCGCCCAGCUGUGAUCAUGGCCAUUAUUUCUUCAACACGUGGCUCUUUGGACGUGCUAUUACAACAGCGGGCCGCUCUGCACUUCG